UUACUAGAGUUUUGCAUAGCCCACUUCCGAACAUACUGUAGUUGUCUUGUCAUUCAGCGUGUCCGCAAGGAGCUCCAAGUUCCUGUGAUUCUUGGAUCCAUUCAUGGUUGAAUUCCUCCGCCACCUUCGACGCCGACAACGAUGAAAUCCCCACUUCGUCGGCUUCCGACCCUCCUCUGCUCCGCCCCUGAGAAGCCCCUGCCGACGAACCCCGGCCCCCGUCGGGACCCGAUUCCGGUGCCCCACCGGACGAUCCCCGAGCCCACCGGGCGGGACCUCGACUUCGUCAACGUCGCCCUCAGCCACCUCGUGCACGCCGACUGGGACGAGCUCGACCGGCUGCGCGCCGGGUUGACCCCUUUCCGGACGACGCACGUCUUGCUCAAGAUCCGGAAGGACCACGUCCUGUCGCUCGAGUUCUUCAACUGGGUGAAGCUCCGGUGCCCGAGCGCCCACACCCUCGAGACCCACUCCAUCGCGCUUCACGUUCUCGCGAAAAACGGGAAAUUCAAGUCCGCGGAGUCGAUGGUUCGGGCUCUCGUCGCGGCGGCCGGCCCGGUCGAUCUUGCGCGCCAGCUGUUUGAUGCGGUGCUCUGCUCUUAUCGGGCGUGCGAUUCCUCGCCCCGGGUUUUCGACUCCCUGUUCAAGACGUUCGCGCAUCUGAAGAAGUUCCGGAAUGCCACUGAGACUUUUCGUAUGAUGAAGGAGUACGGGUUCUUGCCCACGGUGGAGUCCUGCAAUGCUUACCUGAGUGCAUUGCUUAGCAUGAACAGGGUCGACGUAGUCUUCUCGUUCUAUCGGGAGAUGCGGCGCUGCAGGAUCUCUCCGAAUGUUUUCACCCUUAACAUGGUCAUGUCUGCUUUCUGCAAGGCGGGAGAGCUUGAGAAGGCGGUCGAUUUGUUUCGCGAGAUCGAGAGUAAGGGUUGUUGUCCGACGGUGGCGUCUUACAACACGUUGAUCGCUGGGCAUUGCAGUAAGGGUCUUCUCAGCUCAGCCAUGGAGCUUAAAGAGAUGAUGGAGAAGAAUGGUUUUCACCCUAAUGUGAUUACAUUCAAUGCCCUUAUCAGUGGCUUUUGCAAGGAAGGGAAGUUGCACGAAGCGAACAAGAUAUUCAGCCAAAUGAAAGCUUCGAAUGUGGCUCCCAAUACCGUGACUUUCAAUACUCUGAUACACGGAUAUAGCGAAGUCGGUGACAGCGAAAUGGGAGGGAGGCUUUUUGAAGAAAUGUCGAAGUACGAAGUGAGGGCCGAUAUAUUGACAUAUAAUGCAUUGAUAUUGGGACUCUGCAAGAAUGGUAAGACAAAGAAGGCUGCUUAUCUGGUUAAAGAUCUCGAUAGCAAGGGCUUAGUUCCGAACAAUUCGACCUUUUCCGCUCUCAUUAGAGGGCAGUGUGUCAGGAAUAACCCCGACGGCGCAUUUCAGCUGUAUAAAAGUAUGAUCAGGAGCGGGCGUCAUCCCAAUAGUGAAACUCUUACUAUGUUGAUGUGUGCUUUUGCGAAAUGCGAUGAUCUCGACGGAGCAGUCCAGGUCCUCAUGGAAAUGGUCGAUAGGUCGAUGCUUCCCGAUUCAGUUAUGUUGUCCGAGGUGUGCCAUGAACUUCGCCAGUGUGGGAAAGAUCAGUUGGCGAUAAAACUGUGCAGUGAGUUACAAGCUAGGACUCUAAUUCCAGUAGGUUUUGAUAGAGGGCUUAUCUUCGGAACUUGAGUGAUUGAAACUCGAUAGAAGCAGUUGACUUGGGACGAUUCUUUUGAUUGGUUCUUCAUAUGUAAAUUUUUUCGAUUCGUUUUUCUUGUUGACAGCAGACAGAUCAACAUUACAGUUCAAAAACAAAUGAUUAGUGUCUUUCUCCGUGGCCAGAGGAAAAUUAAGCCUUUUCGCUUUGUAAACUUAAAGGCAUGAUACUCUGUUUCUGUUGCAUUCAAUGCUUCCACUGAGAGCUCAUCCCUUCCCUCGUCUCGUAUUGAAAUUUUAUUAGAUA